AUGAAUUCUGUUAAAUGCGCAGUUAUCAUCAAUUCGGGCGCAGCACCUCUUGCAUGCUUACGAUAUGCAUAUAUUGCAAUUACAGUUGAACGAUUUAUUGCUAUGUGCUUCUAUCAAUGUUAUGAAAAAUGGAAUUAUCCAAUUGCGAUUGCUUUUGUUCCAUUAACAUGGUUCGAAAUAGCAUUAUUCAUCAAACGUGUAGUAUUGAUACUGUAUGAAAACAAGAAGAUUUACAGAAGUUAUUGCUCAUCGAUUACAACCAAAGUUACCACAUAUUUUAAGUUAAUAAUGGAAAUACCAGUAUUAAUUGGAGUAUUCUGUUUACUUCUAAUAACACGCAUUAUUAGCAAGAAAAAACUGACACUUCAUAUGCGAGUAGGAAUGGAUACAUUAUCAUCACGUUAUCAAAUUCGGGAAAAUAUGAAAACAACAAAAACAAUGUUUAUUGCAACUAUAAUGUUUAUUAUAACUUCCCUCAUUAAUUUGCCCGGGGUAUACUUACUGCAAUAUUUUCCGCCUUCUGAAUUACUGCUUUUUGCAAUCACAAAAGAAAUGAUAAGUUAUACAUUUGCAAUAUUCAUUAAUGCCGUAUCAAUUUUGUUUAUCAUCAGAGUGGAUCAAAUGCAUAUUAAAACUCUCAAAUGGUUACCUCAUUUUGGAUGCGGUCCAUCGAAUCGAGUAGGAGAACAAAUGAAUCAACCUGUUUCAGGUCGACAACAUAUCGAAAUUGUUGAACAAAUGUGGGAAAAAGAAAUUCGCAAAUGA